UUGUAGAGUUAAUGAUGUGCCUUAAAUCAGUCUUACUCUUUUUAUUAUUGAAUAUAUCAAUUUUAAAAGGAGAUGAGCAGAAUGUGCAACACCUUAAUCGAUUCGGCAAUCUUACACUUAAAUAUGGCAAUAGAAGCGAAAUACACUUUGAAAUCAAAGAACCCAACAAAAAGUAUAUGGAAUCUCAGUUUGCAGAGCUACAUGCUAAGUUGGACAAAAUUUUUGAAAAACUAAGCCAGCUCUCAGAAGAUCAGAUGUCAAAGAAAAACACAGAUCUUACUUUGGCGUCAAGUCAAUUUCCAAGCAGCUGUGCAGAGGCAACAGCCCUCAGUCGCCGCAGUGGCGCCUAUCUGUUGCAGUUGCCCAGCUAUAGCCCAGUUCCCUUUAUUGCAAGCUGUGAUGAGCAUACCCAAGGCGGCGGCUGGACAGUUGUCUUGCGACGUCAAGAUGGCAGCGUGAAUUUCUUCUUGUAUUGGAAGGAUUAUAAGCAGGGCAUUGGCAAUGUUAACGGCGAGUACUUCAUAGGCCUGGAGAAACUAUACGCUUUAACUAAAGACCAGGAUCAAGAGUUGCUCGUUACUAUGAAGAACAGCGAGGGCGUGCAAAAAUACGCAUUGUACGACAAUUUUUUCAUCGAUGAUGAAAAGAGUAACUACAAGUUGAGUAGCUUGGGUGUCUGCACUGGAGACGCUGGAGAUUCUUUAAUCGGUCACCUGGGCAUGCCUUUUUCAUCACGAGAUCGUGAUAAUGAUAAUGGUGCUGCUCAUUGUGCUCGAACUUAUACUGGCGCUUGGUGGUAUACACAAUGCCAUUCCAGCAAUCUGAUGGGAGUGUAUAAUGAUAGUACCUAUGGAAAAGGAAUAAACUGGUAUUCAUUUACUGGUCACAAUUCCUCAUUGAGUCGUGUGGAAAUGUUAAUCCGAAAGCGUAGAACAUAAUUUUAUUAAUUACUUGUAUUUAAUUAGCAUUAAAUGGACCGAGAAA